AUGUCCGUCUCUCGCAUUAACGCAGCAUUUUGCUUGUUUUGGAUUCUCCUCUUCAUAUCUUCCUCUAUUUUCUCAUACGAUGACCCGUCAUCCAUCUUUUUCAACGCCAAUAGAGCCUACGAACAGCGCUUUUCCAGUGUGAGAGCGGCUGAGGCGGACGAAUACAUCCGCAAUCUACCCGAGAGAGUCAUACCGAUCAAACCUGUCGACAAGCUGCUCUGCAUCGGCAUUCCUAGCAUUAAUCGCACGACCGAGUCGUUCCUUUCCUCCACGAUCGCUACAUUGUCCGAUACACUCACGCCGGAAGAGCGUGCGUCUAUCCGUAUCGUGCCGCUUGUUGAUGAGGUCCUCCUAUAUGGCGAGCCGCCUCAAGGAAGCACCAAGUAUCGUCGCAUACCGCUCGACCUGAAGGAGGGGAAUGUUCGUGGCGAUGGCCGGGUUGAGAACAUGAGACUUGACCACUCGGCGCUUGUCGAAGCGUGCAGAGAGCAAGAAUACCCAUACUUUGCGCUGGUGGAAGACGACAUUGUUACCACUAGGGACUGGUUUCCUCGCUUCAUAAAAGGGCUGACAUACGUGGAGCAAAAGACCAACGAGACCACGAGGGAAUGGAUAUACCUACGGUUGUUUUACUCGGAAAUAUUAAUGGGAUGGAACAAUGAGGAAUGGUUAGCCUAUUCCAAAUUUAUCUGCCUGGUAUACACCGCCGUGCUGGCUGUGUUUCUCGUUGGGCGGAAAUACGUGCGCGUCGGCGCUUCGAGCGGCGUUUCGCCGCACGCGCAGCGUUACCUCGCGGCGCUCGUCUUUGGUCUCUGGUUGCCUGCUCUUAUUGCUUUGUACUUCCUUUCUGGUCGUCUAUUCACCGGCAGACUGAACCCCUUAAGCCUGAGCACAUUGCACGGAGCACGUGAGAUGCCACACUAUGGGUGCUGUGCUCAGGGACUUGUCCUUCCUCAGCGACACCUGGAGGAUUUCCAGGCACUGCUUAGAGAUCCGCCGUACAACUUCCCUGGAGACAUGAUAUUGGAAGAUUAUGCAGAAGCUCGCGGCCUUGUCAAAUGGGCGCUGGAGCCGAGUGUGUUCCAGCAUGUUGGGUUCAAGGAGUCUUCCGACGGAACCCGCAGGGCUGAAGUUUGGAACUUUGGGUUUGAAAGGCAAUCCAAAGUCUAA